GCGUUAAUAUUAACCCUCACUCACAACACACACACACAAACUCCCUUAAACCUGUCUAUACCUACAGUUUUUCUACCGAAAAAGCAACAAGAAAUAUUAUAAACAAUAACAUUUUAAAAACCAAACCAAAAACCGGAAGAAAUUUACCACAAAAACUCAAACUAAAAUAAAACAAAAAACGAAAACACACAAGCAACAACAACGACGACGACCAUUAAACGGGAUUAAGGAUCAACUCAAGGACACUCACUAAAAGUAUAUUUAAAAAUUUCGCACCGUUUAACGAAUCGCGUUGAUAUUGUAAGUGAAUAUUGUGUUUUUACGACGAGAAACAAAAUUUUUAAGAAUAAAAAAAGACGAUUUCGACGAAGAUUUAAACAAAAUUGUGCUUUAAAGGACGUUCAUCGGAUCACAUUACACACGCACACACCGAGAACUCAACGAUAUACCACUGGAUCACAAAAUUAAGGAUCAAGGAUCAUAUUUUAACCAAUUAAAUUUUUCGAACGAAACAAACGAAACGACCUUUAAACGACCUUUAAACCAUUAAAUUAACGUAACGAAGACGAAGAGCAACUAAAAUAACUAUUUAGAAACGUGUAAGGAGGCAACCAAAAAGUACAAAAUUAAAAUAUCGUGAUAAAAUUGUAAAUUUAACCCAAAAACAAAAAAAAACGCAUUUUUAUCGAAAAAGUGAAGAAAUAAAAUUGUUCCUAUAUCGUAAAAAUUAUUAAACAAUUUUAACAUAUACACACGCAUACACACAUACAUUGAAACACACACAUAACCCCAAAAUCCCCCCAGGUAAAAAACGAAAUCAUCCCCUAGUGAAGUACAGAGGACUAAAUUGAAGCAAAAACCAAACAAUAAUAAUAAUAAUAACGCAGGGAAGCUAUUAGUGUUUUAUAAUUGUCAACAUUUAACAAUUACAAACAACUAUCAACAACAACCAAACAACAACCGACAACAACAAGAACAUUCAACGGGUUCUUUUUUGUUUUUCUUCAUUUUUUCGUUUCGUUUCCAUCUCCUCACCCCCAGAAUCAGGAAAUUUGAAAAAAAAAACGGGCUCAUCAAAAUAUUUUCGGCGAUUUUACCAGAACACUAACAACAAUUAACAACAAUUGCAAUAGUAAAUAUUAUCAGACGUGCAAGGAUUCAAUAUAUUCCAGCUGAACCAUUCGAAACGCAUCGGGCGUGUAUAAACAAAUUCACUCACAUUUAAGUGCAAAACAAACAAGAAAAACAAUAAAUAUUAAUAAAUAAUAAAUAAUAACAAAAGCGUUUCGAUUGGUUUGGGAGCGCCUACGCACGCUGAAUAGGGCAGCCAGAGACAAAACAAAAUCAAUCUAUAUAAAUAUACAUAACACAUUCACAGAUAAACCAAACAGAAAAAAAAAACGAGAAAUAAACAAACACAUUAUAUAUAAUAUAUACUGAUUACAUAGGCGAUUAUUACAUUGCGCGAUAUUUGUGUUACGUUUUGUUGUUUAACUAUAGGAACUAAAGAAACAGAAGCAGAAGCAACAAAAUCCACCCCCGAAUCCCCAGCAAACGUCCCAAACCCCUAAACACACUGUAUACAAACACAAACUUAGGUUAAGUACAUACACCACGCGACACUUUUCAGUUGGAAUAAAUAAGAUUUAUUUAAGUGAACAACUGAAGCGGAGGGCUAAACGGGCUAUAAAUAAAUAAAACAGAUUUAAACAAAGAGAUGAUUUUUAACGCUAAUAAUUAGUAUUAAUUAAGAGGCGAAUUAACAUUGCGACAAAGAAAACUGUGAUUUCCCGGGAAUAAAUAAAAAAACAAAGAAAAAAUUUCGUGUGUGUGAUAAAUUUAAACAAAACCAGAAACAAACAUUUUUAUAUCAAAAGUUUAUCUCCACAAAAGAAAAGUAUUUAUAAACAAAGCCAAACACACACACACACACUUCACUCUCGCUUGUCGUCGAUUUCGUAUUAUAAACGCAAAACCAAAAAAAUAAGCAAAAAUAAAACGCAAAAAAAAACACCCUACACAAAAGAAAUUUUCGACUGAAGUGCCUUAAAGUCGGCCUUAAAUAUUCUCUCUUCCUAUUUAAUUAAAAAAAAAAGCAGAAACAGAAAAACUAAAAAAAAACAAUAAACCGCAGAUUAUAUACCAUCAAAUGUCAAUCAAUCAAUACAGAGUGUACUGUGUGGACUUUACUUUUUUUCUUGUUUGACGUGUCCGAAAGUACAAAUUCUAAAUUUCUAAACGAAAAAAACGGUAUCAUUUUGUUUACAAAACUAAACAUAAUAACCAAAGCUAACCAAUUGUGACUCGACUCUUGAGACAACAUCGAAGCAGACAACCCAACAAGCACGCCGUGGAUUACUAAGUCAAAUCACAGCUAUCAACUCAACUCAACUUCAAGAUUUGACCUGGCAAUCGCAUCGUGCGAUAUAAUCAUCAUAUUUGACUAUUAUUAUAGACGAUACAUAGAGAUAAGUGAGUGAAAACGAGGGAUUUUUGUUUGAAACGAGACUUUUUUCACUGCGAACAACAUACAACUGAAUACGCUUCAGUUUUGAACAACAAUAUAACCACAACUCAGACAAAUCAACAAUUCCACAACAAUUUCAACAUCAAUAUCAACUACAACAAUAACCAAACGAAUUUUGCGAAUUUCUAAUAUUCGAAAAUUCCAACUACAACAAUACAACAAGAAGAACAAGAACAACCAAAGCAACUUAAAAAGAUCAUCAAAUUUGAAAAGAUUCCGAACAUCAAUACAACGCGUUCACAAUCUGCGUUGACAUCGAUGCAUUGGCCGCAAGCGAACUUUCCAUUCAUCGGCGCCGCGUGGAGUCCUUCCACAAUCAGGAUCAGGAUCAUCAUCGCCCGGACCAAUAUCGAACGUGAGGAAAAUCUUUUAUCCGGAUCAAAAUAAUAUUGACGAACGGAAGUAACCUUGAAACACUUUGCUCUCACUGAGAUAAUCAAAGUGUGAAAGUGCACCUCGUCCACCUCGUGGUAUUUACGCUCUCGCGCCGCGCCGGCGCACACCCCCCACACGCCGCCCCCUCGCAGCCGCCACGACGUUAACCACGGAGGACCAGACGAUCUUAAACAACCUGAAAGUCGAGCAUGAGAACCUAGUCGCCAAGUGGCUGCAGAAUUCGUUCAAGAAUUCGCUGACGGCCGCGUCGAGCGCCGCCGUCGCCGGCCAGCACUUCCUCGCCGCGACCGGCGGCGAGCAGCAGCCGCCGCCGCAACCACAGCAGCAGCAGGCCUUCUUCGACCGUCAGUCGCAAGAAAACGCCGCGCUGGAUCUGCGCGCGCCCCCGCUCUCCAUUCAAAUCCCGCAGAUGGCCGACGUACAACAGGCCAAUCGGCCCGUCUUCAAGAUGGAGAACGACUUCUGGCAACAACAGCAACCCCAGCAAACCCAACAGCAGCAACAACAAGUGCGACAACCUGCGAAUCCAGUUGGUGUAGUGAAUAAUCCACCGCAACGAAUGGCGCAGAAUCUGAGCAACACAUCACAGCAGAAUUCACCGGUGCCAAUGGCACAUUCACCUGCUGGACAACAAAACACCCCACAACAACAACAACAAGGUGGGAAUAAUCAUGUGUUGGCUCUACAACAGCAACAUUUGAAUCAACAGCAAGCACACGCGCAGAGUAGUCAACCCAAUACACCCAACAAUGGUAUGCAACCCAUUACACAACAACAGCAAGCGCAACAACAGCAACAACAAGCGAAUGCGAACACACCGCAACUGGGUAGUCCGAAUCCACAUCAACAACAGCAGGCGACUUUGGCUGCUGUUCAUGCGCAGCAACAAUUAGCACAACACAUGCAACAACAGCUGCCAUCUAGCGGACAGAAUUCACCCGAGAAGAUGAUGACGGAAAAAAUCGUCAAUGAAUUACAACUCGCGGAUUUCAACCAGCUGCAGCGCAACUCGUCGGCGAUCUCCGAGAGGACGCUCGAGGAGUGCUGGACGACUCUCCAACGAGUGAGUUGGCUUCUGUUCGACCGUAUCUUUAUGCAAAAGUCAGCAAUGCACAUGCACGCCCGAGACAUCAGCGGCCGAUCGGAAGUCAAGCCUCACCAAUGCCAGCAAUGCCUGAAGUCGUUCAGCAGCAAUCAUCAGCUAGUCCAGCACAUCCGGGUGCACACCGGCGAGAAGCCUUACAAAUGUUCCUACUGCGAUCGCCGCUUCAAGCAGCUCAGCCACGUCCAGCAACACACAAGACUGCACACUGGUGAACGUCCAUACAAAUGUCACCUUCCCGACUGCGGGCGGGCGUUCAUCCAACUGUCGAACCUGCAGCAGCACCUGCGAAAUCACGACGCCCAGGUGGAGCGCGCCAAAAACCGCCCGUUCCACUGCAACAUCUGCGGCAAAGGCUUCGCCACCGAAUCCAGUCUGCGCACCCACACGUCGAAAGUAAGCCAUCAGUGUAUUGGUCGGUUGCAGCAACAUGCGGCCCUCAUCGGCGGCCCCAACGCCACCUCCUGCCCGCUCUGUCACAAGAUGUUCCUCGGCGGCGAGGCGCUCAUGGAGCACAUGAAGCACACGCACAAGGAUCCGAACGCCUCCGGCGUUGCCACGAAGAGAAGGACGGCUAACCAUCCUUGCCCCGUGUGCGGCAAGCACUAUGUAAACGAAGGAUCUCUCAGGAAGCAUCUCGCGUGCCAUCCCGAAACCUCACAGUUAUCAAGUUCCUUACGAAUGUGGCCAUGCUCCGUCUGCCAGGCGGUGUUCACGCACGAAGCAGGUCUCCUCUCGCACAUGGAGCAUAUGCGGAUGGACCCCAAGCAUCAGUUCGCCGCCCAGUAUGUGUUGUCAAGGGCGGCGGCGGAGCGGCGUGAUCGCGAACUACUCGCCGCUGCAGGUCUUGCCUCGGCCGCCUCCAGCAGUGGACUGCUUGGACUUGGAAUGGGUGGUGCUGCGAGUUCUAGUCCAAUGUGCGCAUCCCCGUCGGCGCACAGCGACAGCUCAUCAGGUAACGGUCGUCUCUCGUCGGCCGGCAGCGAAGCUGGCGGCAUAAACAACAACAAUAAUAACUGCAAUACGAAAAUAGGCGAUAUCUUAAGAAGUAACAAUGGACUGCACCAACAGUACAACAACAUGGAGGAGCAACUGCAGAAUGCAAACAGAAUGUCGCUCUUUGCGAACAUGGUUAAUCCGACUGGUGUGCCGCCAGGUCUAGGAUCAGACACAUCCACGGCGGCUGCCAAUAUUGCUGCUGUUAAUAUUGCUAAUUUAGCUAUGCGCAUUACACAGGCUAAUCAACAAGUUAACAACUCGAGCAACCCUUCAACGCCGCCAAUUCCUAACGACGCGUUGUCGGUGAUGCGCGCCUCGAUGGACAGCAUCCGCAACAUGGACGCCAUGCGUUCCUCAGUAAUGGACAUGUCCUCCCCACAGCAACAACAGCAACAACAACAAGAUGCAUUACGCAUGCAACAGCACGCAGAAGCCCUCUUACGGUCGCAAGCUGAAACAGCCCUACGAUUGGCCAUGAGUCAAGCGCUGCCACAACUCAACACCGCACAACAACAGCAACAGGAGAGUGCAUCCCCACUCCGACACAAUGGUAACUACGCCGGUGGGCAGCAACAAGCUGUGAACAACGCAGUCGCAGCCGCAGCAGCCGCAGCAGCGGCCAAUGGUCAAGUGGGCGGGCCGAAUGGAGUAGGCGGGGCUAAUAGUGCAGGCGGUAACGGCGCCGGAAACGCCCCCAAUGCACACAACGGUCAGAAUGGUCAGACCGUCCCCGGAGGCGGUGCUAACACCCCAAAUGGUCAACAACAGGUUAGUCCUGACUUGACAGAAGCACUGCGACUACAAGAGCAACGCCUCGAGCAAGCGCUCCGCCUCCAUGGCAGCGACCCGCGCAGCCUAGGCUUCUCGUUAUCGUGCCAACAGCAGAAUCAGCAGCCAUGAGACGACGAGGACGUGGGCUUCUUCUAAACACUACUGGGAAGCUCACGCAGGUGACUAACACCCCCCACCACCCCACACCCCCAAAAAACAUAAAAAGUAUACAUAGUACAAAUUGGAUGAAUGCUUAGAUUUUAAACUAAAACAAAAAAGCGCAUAAAUUUAAUAUAUUAUAUCAACCCUGAUGAUUACGAUUGUAAUGAUUACAUCGAUGAUGAUGAUGUAAGAUACGAAGCAAACAGCUGAUACACUAUGUACAUAACUAUGACUAUUAGGUAGUUUAAGUAAGGUUAGGAUUGUAAGAUUAAAUAACACAAAAUAAGCGGUCGUAAACUGAAAGAAUCAUCAAAAUCCGUUGAGAAUUGCAGGAGUUAUGAGCGUUUUAAGUUUUGGGAGCCACGCCUCUUGACUUAACUUGACACGAGGUAAUAUUCAGACCAAUCAAAGCGCUCAUACUUAAAAUUCGUUUUUUAGGCAAACCGUUAGAGCUAUCGGAAAAAUUCAUUUAAAUAAACUGUAUAAAAUUUAAUGCUCUAUCAAAAUUAUUUAGUACUUUUGCAAUUCCUCAGAAAAUUUCAUGACGAUCGUUUAUUUUUUAGCAAUAAAUCAGUCUUGCGCACAUUUUACAUUUUUUACCAAAAAAAUAAAUCAAGUUGCAAUUAUUUUGGGACUGUAAAAAUUAGGACAAUUCGUGCAAUCAAAAGCAAUUUAGUCCCAAGGAUAAUCAAAAAUGGAAACAAUUCGAAAAUGAAACCAAAAAGCAUUUAUUUACACUUUAAAAUGAUAAAAGAAACAAAAAUUAUUUAUUUUUAUUUUACGUUCUAUUAAAAUGUGUGUAGACGCAACGAAUGACUUGUUGAUAAAUUGAUGAAUGCCAUGUAUAAAUGUGCGAAUGUAUUGAGUGAAUUGCCAAAUUAUGAAAUAGUCAAAAUCGGAACCAAAAAUUACACGUUUAAGAGCAGGAGGAAAGCGAGACAAAUUUCAGAUUCGGAUUUAUUUUGGAAGUGAUGAGAAUUUUUCAACGCGCACGAAUGAUUAAUAGCUACGUAAUGAUUAAACUACAAUAACGAUUACAAUAAAUCCUGAAAAGAUGAUGCAAAUUUAAAGAAUAUAUUUCUAUUUCUAUUUCUAUUGAUGAUGAGAUGAUAUAAACGCAGAGAAAUGAAACAGAAACAAAUCUAUAUAUAUAUAUAGAUAUUUAAAUAAAUCAAUAUUAUUAACGAGACAGAUGUUUAUAAAUAGUGAUUUCGCGUGUUUCGGUUGUCUUGCGUUUUUCAUUUGUACCCGACCGAGCGAUUUUUGAACGUGUUUAUAAAUUUUAUAUACGAGAUGCGAGUUUAUUGUUAUAAACGUCUAACAAUUAAUACUAUGUGGUUUUUAAGCAAAAAAAUAUCGAAAAUUAUUUUAUUUAUAUUGAACUGAGGAAUUAUUUUGAGGUUAAGAUUAUUCGCAAAAAUUAAAAUUAAUAUUGGAGAUUAUAAAUAUGCAAAGAAAAUUAAAUUCUGAUAAGAAGUUUUUGAGUUAUAAAGGUUUAAAAGUUUAGUGUUUUGUGCACGCCACUGGUGUGAUUUUUACACGCGUUUUUCUCAAAAACUAUUAGAGAUAUCAAAAAAAUUCUUUAAAAUAAUUUGUUUGGAAUUAAAUUCUGUAUUUGAAUAUGUUUAUUGUUUGCGAAUAAUUUUAAUUUCAAGAUGGUUGCCGAAGUUUAAAGUUUCAAAGUUGAAAUUCAAAAACACCACAAUAUUUACAAUUUACAAUAAUAUAAACAAUAGUCAUACGUUAACAAUAGUAAUCUACAGAAUCAGAAUCAGACUAAACUAAGCAGCAAACAAUAGUUAUUAUCAAAGCCGCCAAUUAAACAAACAAACAAAACAAAAAAUGCAAUAGUCGAUAAUUUCCCAAAAUACAGCUAUGCCGCCUCUCAAGAAUGCACACUGGAGGCGGCAUGCGACUUGUGACUUUAAUAAAUCAACACGAUUGUGACUCAACGAACGGUUAAGACACGCCCCUUGCUUACUCAGCGGUAAGAAGAGGCGUGGCCGCUCAACUCGGAUGUGACUUAUACUACCAAACAUACACGAUGCAAGCAAUGCGAGAUAAAUGUAUGCAAGAAGAAGAAAGUAAAUCUAAACAGAUAAACCACAAACAAAAAUGUACAAUAGCCCGGUUGCACUAAGUGCUACACAAGUUUUGCCCGCCUUUAUUACUUAAUACGCCCCGACGGCGAAGACCCGCCCGCGACUCUCUCCACGCCCUCUCUUGGUUGGGGGGGGCGGCGCGAGUAUUAAGUAAUAACAAACAAGUAAAAAAAUCUGCAAUAGCCCAAGCUGCGCGCGCACGCGCAGCACCCACACACAAUAUUCUAUUAAUUUCGUUCGUUCCAUAACAAUAAUCUACUUACUUACUACAUACUCGUAAACAAAUAAAAAAAAUCACAUAAUAUGAAAAAAAAAACACAAAAAAAUAUAAAAAUAACAAUAAACUAAUUAACUUACAUAAAAAAAUAAGUAAUAUUACAAAUGUAUAUCAGAUAUCUAUUUAUAACAACAAACAACAACAACUAAACAACAGCAAACAACAAAACACGAUCAAAGAAAGUAAAAUGUUGAACUUUUCGAUGCGAAAGCGCAAAAAACGCCCUAAGAACUAAAGAAUAUCAAAAAUAAAUAAUAAAAAGAAGAAAAGCGUGACCACAACAUCGAUUUCGGUUUACAACAAAGUGUUUUACGUAAAUAUGCAGUCUAUACGCCCGAGUGGACAAGUAUAUUUAGCGUAAAAUUACAUUUUCAAAAGUCAAACGCCAAAAAAAGCAAAAGAAAAACAAAUAAACAAAAAACAACAACAACCAAGAAGGAAAAAAAAAGAAGAAAAAAAAGAAAUUUAUUUGCAAUAGCCCACCAUAACACAUAAAGUUUAUAAAAUUGAUUUCAUUUGUUCUUCGCUAAAAGUUGUCAUCGGAUGACGUUCAGAGAAGUGACGAAUCGAAUCAUCUAAGUUUUCACCAAUGUUUAGUUUUGUUUUCGUAUUUAAACACAGAGUCCAAACUGUCAACUUGUAGUUUGCGACGCAAUGAAUCAAAUUUUCAAAUGCGCGACUCCGCAUUCCGCCACCGGAAGUCACGUCGCACAAUACGCCGCCAUUGAAACCACCUAACCUCAAACGCGCGAAUCAUACACAUCGUCAUGGAACACAAAAAAAAUAAAUGUUACAGGAUUAAUGUUCGUUUCUUCGUUUCCCUUGUCGCUAAUGUCGCUAAAUGGUAUUAUACAUGUUCUAGUAUUAAUUAAUAAUUAACCGAGACACACUCAACACACUCACACACACCGAACACACCGUAUAUUAUAAUUAAUUAAUUAAUGCAAACAAUAGUAUGGACUGGCUUUGUGUACAACUCACUCAGUAUUGUAUACGAACUAGAUAAGUAAUGAUCAAACAACAUGUUGUUAGUUGCGAGUAGCGCCGAUAACAUAACCUCAAAAUAUAUAAAGCAUGUAAAAAAGCCAUGGCGAUGUGAUGUGAUGUGAAUCAGCGUAAUGUGAACGCGGGUGAUUAUUGUGCGUGUGAUGGUCGGUAGAAUCACCAUCUGGGAGUCGUGCGCAUGCGUUUUAUUUCUACCGUUGUAUGGAUAUAGUUUUACGUGUCAAAAAUAAAAACAAUAGCCAGAAACACCGCUUCGGCGGUGAUGCAAAAACCCGUUCGGAGUUCUCGGCUCGACGAGUGCGAGGAAAUUACCACGCCUGAGUUCUUUACGUUGAAAAUCACGCACAACAGCUGUCAAAUGCAUACAUAACCUAUGAUGAAGAAGAAGAAAAAAUGACAGAUGAGGUUAUGUGUGUGCGGCGGGUUGUGUGCGGUUCUCGAACAUUUUUAAAACUAAUAAUAUCUAACAUAUAAAUAAAUAUACGUAUAAUAUCUACUAUUCAGAACACAAUACGAAAUGUAAUACUUUAACACACUAGACGCAACAAAAUUCAACAAGGUUUCUAAACGAGGCAAAAAAAAAGCAUCAAAAUUCACGAUUCGCGGACGAUUAAUGCGUGAAAAAAGAACAAAAUAAAUAUGAUGAAUAUAUUUAAAGCGGAGUAAAGUCACUUUUGGGAAAAAAACUCUCAAAACAAAAAAGGAAUACAAAAAAAUCACAAAAAAUAAAAACAAAUUUUUUGGAACAAAUUCAAACAAUUAUUUCAUUCAAAACACAAAUAAUACACACACGAGUUAUUAAUGCAAAAAAAAACAAGUACAGAAUGAAGAACCACAUAAUAUCUAAUAUUAAUUACGUAUCAAUUACAUUUACAUUACAGAAUUACUGAAUUAAACAGACAUUAAAUGGAAGUAUAAUUACCACAGUACCAGUACCAUUUACCUUUACGAUAAUGAUAGUUUUUCCACACACGACACUCACACACAAUGAAAAAUUAAAAAAUUUCAAAAAUGAAUUCAAGGCAGUACACUCGAAAUUCAAAGACAAAAAAAUAUUGACAGGAUUAACGUUACAACAAUACAACACAUGAUUACGCAUACAAUUUGUAAAAAAUAUCGAAGAUAAACUGAACACUGUGAAGAGCAAUGGGUACAUUUGAUAACAAAACAGAAAUUCUAUGAUAGCAUUAUUUAAAUUUACGUUUAUAAAUAAUGAUUGCCAUUUUACAUAUUUAUAUUUUAUGUUUUAUUUUUCUUUGAUUGUACAAUGUAAUCGAUAAUAUUAUUUAUGUUUUUUUUUUAUAUAGAAAAAGAUAUUUUAUUAUGUUUAAUAUUAAUUGUAGGUGAUUAUUGUAAUUUUUACUGCCAUUUUAACACGUAAGCGUAAGUUUUUUAAGUUUUCGAUUUUUUAGGAUAUGUUGGAAGCAAUUCUGAUUCUAUCUUAUUUAUAAUAUUAACUAUUAGUUCAUAUGCGUACGAGUAAGUUUGCGUUAUAUAUCGCCAUCACAUUUUUAUUUUAAUAAUGAAAUUAGUUUAUGUUAACUGUAUGUUUAUUUUUUAUUUUGGUUUAUAAUAUUUACUGAAUCCGCCAUUAUUAUUUUUUUGUUCGUGAUGAUGAUUUUUUAUUAUUGCGAAAAUACUAAACACGAAUGGAAAUAUAUGUAAAAGCUUUUGUUUUGUGGACGUGCUGAGUUUUUAUUUAUUUUUUCUACCUUUUUUACUCGUAUUGUUUAAAAAAUGCUAUCACAAUGAUAAAUUCAAGAGUAUGAAUGAUGAAUGAAUGAUGGAAUGUUCGUUACAAGUUUCAAUUGUGUUUCAUUUGCAUUAGACUAUGGAAAAUGAUGAAAUUAAUCGAAAUUCAUACUUAAAAGUAAAACUAUCUGUGAACUCAUGAGGCAUUACUGUAUUUCGACUUUAGAUAUAACGGAAUUUAAUGAAGAAGAAAAAAAUGAAAUGAAAUUAAUUAAGAAAUUAUUAUCUAAACUUUGAGAAUUCCAAGUUUGUACAUAAAUAAACGAUAGUUAUUGAUUGAAUUAUAUUAUAUUACGAUUACGAUUUGGCAUUUAACAACGUAAGGGUAUUUAGGCAUUGUAAAAACUAUUAUUAUUAACGUAUUUAUAAACGCAGCCAAAUUAUCAAAUUAAAAUGAACGUAAAUUAUCUAAAAAACGCAAAAAACACAAAUUUUGAUGGUGGAGAUUUUAAGAAUCCAACUAGGCAUUAUUAUAAUUAAUAGAAAUUAUAAACAAAUUAAUUGUAAAACUGUUUUUUAAAUGUAAUGUUUUUAUUUUUGAGAGAAAUUUGAUUUUGUUUCGGAGGUUUAACAUGUUUAAGUUGUGAUUUCAAUUCAAAAUUGUAUGAUACAUGUAUAAAUGAUGAAGAGGCAAUCUUUAGAGAUGAGAAGUUGCGAAUUUUUGGAGAUUUUGAGCGGAAACACAUACAAAAACAAUGUUAAGCAAAAUUGAUGAAUAUUUCAGCGACAAAUGCGCUAAAAUCACAACUCGAUGUAUGAAACAAACUGUAUGUGUGGUUAUGUAACCUAUUUACUGAAAUAGCAAAAAAUAUUUAAAAA